AUGUCGCUCACCACCCUCCGGAAUCUGCGUACCCAAUGGUUCCCGCCCAAACCAGCCUUCACUGAGAAAGAGUUAUCCUCACAGAAUGGUCGGGUUUUCAUCGUGACAGGUGGAAAUGCUGGCGUUGGCCUUGAAUUAUGCAAGAUCCUGUAUGGCUCCGGUGCCACCAUCUACAUGGCAUCAAGAUCAAAGGCAAGUCCCCCCAAAACAAAUCUAGAGCGUGCCGAAAGCGCAAUUCAAUCCAUCGAGAAGGUUGAACCUGCACCAAAAUCGCCCGGCAAGAUGAAGUUCCUCCAUCUUGACCUCAACGACUUGGAAUCAGUCAAGGGGGCUGCGACUACUUUCGCCCAGCAAGAAUCCAAACUCGAUGUCCUCUGGAACAAUGCAGGAACUGGAGCAAACCUAGUCGAAGCCGGCGCCAAAACAGUUCAGGGAUUCGAGGCUAUGGUAGGGAUGCACUGUAUCGCGACUUUACUAUUCACCGAACUUCUGCGACCGCAGCUACGCGCAGCCGCAGCCGCACCCGAGACACCUCGUGGAUCUGUUCGGGUAGUGUGGACAUCCAGCUUUCUGGCUGAGGGCGCGUCGCCACCGAACGGGAUUGAUUUCACCGUGUUGGAUAAGGGAUCCAAAGACCGCACUCGCAACUAUGCAGUCUCAAAGGUGGGAACCUGGAUGCUGGGCCGGGAGUUGGCACGACGAUCCCAAAUCGACCAGGACAACAUUGUGAGCGUGGUGCAGAAUCCAGGCAAUCUCAAUGCGGGCUCCUAUGCGGGGACUCCGGCGGUUGUCAUGUUUUUCAUUAGCCCCUUGCUCCAUGAGGCCAAGUUCGGGGCCUAUACUGAGCUCUACGCCGGUUUAUCAUCCGAGAUCACCCUUGAGAAGAAUGGUGCCUACAUCAUUCCUUGGGGAAGGAUUCGACCGGAUCAGGAUUGUCCACGACGAGAUAUCAUCACGGCGAUGACUUCGGCUGAUGAAGGGGGACUUGGAUAUCCAACCCGGUUUUGGGAGUGGUGUGAGCAGCAGUGGAAGCCCUUUGUGUAA